CUUCCUUUGGUCUCUACUUCCCUAGGAAAGAUUAUUCGGAGACUGUCUACAUUGAUCAGCCAGCGGGUACGCCGCUACUGCACAUCCGUGCCUUGAGGGAUUCACAUGGGGAGGUGGCCCACUUUCAGCUCUGCCAGCAGCUCUUUAUCUAUCGCGUUGGACCCUAUGAAAAUCAUUGGUUUCAAAUAAAAGAAAAAACCGGGCUUCUCUACCUCAAUAAGAGUCUGGAUAGAGGAGACUUCGAUAUCCUGUUUGGAAAGAAUUGGAUGUCAUUACCAAAGGUGACAUUUCAUGUCUACCUUUCACCCCAGCCCUUCCAAGGGAAGGAAUGUGAGACCCCCACUUCUGCCCUGGUGCAUCUCUCCAUCAUCAACGCCACUGUACCAACUUGCAAUGCUCUGAUGUCAAGGGAGCUUUGUUUCUCAGAAAUGGAUCUCUCCUUUCACAUCAAAGAGAAUAAACCACCUGGCACAUUUCAUCAACUUCAGUUACCCCCAAUACAUCACCUGUGCCAGAAUGUCAGCAUUUCCUACAAAUUACUAGCAGUUGAAGGGCUGCCUUUUCGCUACAAUGAGAACACCACAGGCGUAAGUGUUGUGCAGCAUUUGGAUCGGGAAGAAAGAGAGAGGUAUGAGCUGAUCGCCAAGUGUACAGUGAGAGAGGGCUCCAAGGAGAUGCAGGUCGAGGUGCCUUUCCUGGUCAAUGUGUUAGAUGAAGAUGACUCUGCCCCCUUCCUUCCCAAUGGCACUAGCACGACGGAUGCUGUUGUGGAGUUCAACAGAAAAGAGGGAACUGUCCUAGCCACACUGACUGUGUGUGAUGCAGACACCACACCUAUUUUCCCCAUUGAAAGCAGCAGAAAGAAGUACACAGGCACCAUCAGUACAACUGAUCCAUGGAUUAGCGAAACAUUUCGGGUGGAUCACGUCUUCCACGAGAUCUAUUUCAGCCCCAAUGGCAGCCAAGUGAGGGGAACGCUGCAUGAAUACAAACUGAUGCUGAACAAAAAUAUUUCAGUCACAGAGAACCGUUCCUUCCAGUUGGAUGUUUUGGUGAAUGACACAGAGUUUCAUGGCCCUGAAAGAUCUGUGAUGCUCCAUUUCAAUGUCUCCAUUCUUCCCGUCAGCAUUCAGUUCCCUAAUGUGACUUACCAGUUCACGGUGAACAGAAAUGCUGAACGUUUUGCACAUAUAGGUAAAAUCUGCAUCGAAAACUGCAUGAAGUUCUGUGGAGUAAACAUCACCUACAGGUUGCUGUCUCCCAAUGCCAGCUGCUAUGCUGUCGGGAUACUUCAGGGCCGAGAGGACAAGUAUGGAAGCCUCUAUGUGAAUGACUCCUCUGUGCUACUCAGACCUGAAUGCAAAGAAAUUCAAUACACCAUUGUAGCCUCAGACAAGCAGAGUAAGAAGCAUGCCAAAACCCAGCUCACUAUUACGCUGGAAGGAACAAUUAUUAAGAAAGAAGAGGACUGCCCUGAAUCUUGCGCUGUUAAUAAGCACCGUGCUGAAUGUGAAGAGUGUGGUGGCGUAGGAGUGCUAACAGGAAAAUGCCAGUGGAGACAGGGAAGUGGAAAAGGAAUCACCACAAAUUAUUCUACCUGCACCCCAAGCAUCAGGACUUGUCCAGAUGGCACCUGUGACAUUAUAGAGAGCAAAGAUCCAGCGGUGUGCCCCCAAGAUUGCACAAAUGGAAACAUCAUUGGUGGUCAUGAGAGAGGCGCUCAUGGAAUUAAAUCAGGACAUGGGAUUUGUUACUGCUUCCCAAGACAAAACUGUUACUGUGAGAAAGAUGAUAUUAAAGAGCCGCUGUGUGAUGACGUGUGCAAGACCGUGAUUGCAGGGGCAGUUCUGCUCUCCUUCAUUAUCUCAGUGCUGCUCUCUUCUUAUUUCAUCCACCGUUACCACAAGAAUUCUCCAAAACCACCGAUUGCCUCAGCGGAGAUGACCUUUCGGCGCCCAGCCCAGUCCUACCCCAUCAGUUACUCUUCUACAAAUGUCCGUCGGCCAUCUCUGGACUCUGUGGAGAACCAGGUGCCUGUUGACACCUUUAAAAUACCUGAGGACCCCAAAUGGGAAUUCCCCCGGAAGAACCUGGUUCUAGGCAAGACACUAGGAGAAGGAGAAUUUGGAAAGGUUGUCAAGGCAACAGCGUUCAGACUCAAGGGGAAAGCAGGCUACACCACGGUGGCAGUGAAAAUGCUCAAAGAAAACGCUUCCCAGAGUGAGCUGCGAGAUCUGCUGUCAGAGUUCAACCUCUUGAAACAGGUCAACCACCCUCAUGUCAUCAAACUGUAUGGAGCAUGCAGUCAGGAUGGGCCUCUGUAUUUAAUUGUGGAAUAUGCGAAGUAUGGUUCCUUGCGCAGUUUUCUCAGGGAAAGUCGGAAAGUAGGACCUAGCUAUGUGGGCAGUGAUGCCAACAGAAAUUCAAGCUACUUGGACAACCCAGAUGAGAGAGCCUUAACAAUGGGAGAUCUGAUCUCAUUUGCAUGGCAGAUAUCUCGGGGGAUGCAGUACCUGGCAGAAAUGAAGCUUGUUCAUCGUGAUUUAGCAGCCAGAAAUGUAUUGGUGGCAGAAGGACGCAAAAUGAAGAUUUCUGAUUUUGGCUUGUCCCGAGAUGUUUAUGAAGAAGAUUCCUAUGUCAAGAGAAGCAAGGGUCGAAUACCUGUUAAAUGGAUGGCAAUAGAAUCCCUAUUUGAUCAUAUCUAUACAACACAAAGUGAUGUCUGGUCAUUUGGAGUUCUGCUAUGGGAGAUUGUAACCCUGGGAGGUAACCCUUAUCCUGGAAUUGCUCCUGAAAGACUCUUUAACCUCCUGAAAACUGGCUAUAGAAUGGAGAGACCUGAAAACUGCAGUGAAGAAAUGUAUAACUUGAUGCUGCGAUGCUGGAAACAGGAACCAGAUAAGAGGCCAACAUUUGCUGACAUCAGCAAAGAACUGGAGAAAAUGAUGGUGAAGAGUAGGGACUACUUAGAUCUUGCAGCUUCCACACCCUCUGACUCCUUACUUUAUGAUGACGGGCUCUCAGAAGAGGAGACACCACUCGUGGACUGUAAUAAUGCUCCCCUCCCUCGAACCCUCCCCUCCACAUGGAUUGAAAACAAACUCUAUGGCAUGUCAUACCCGAACUGGCCUGAGGAGAGCCCCGUUCCACUCACAAGAUUCGAUGGCACUAACUCUGUGUUUUCAAGAUAUGCAAAUGAUAGUGUAUAUGCUAACUGGAUGGUUUCACCCUCAGCGGCAAAAUUUAUGGACAAGUUUGAUAGUUAAAAAUUUCUUUGUGAAAGGUAAUGGACCCAUGAGGGGAGCAAACAUGCAAAGAAUGGAAAGUCCAUUGGCUUAUUCUUUGUACAAUUAAAACAGGUUAAACUAACAUUAAUUUCUCAAAUGGCAAACUCUUUUUUGGUAGUUUCUCAAGUGGUUUUACGCAUGAUCAAGACUAUAAUUGAUUAUUUCCCCUUUCAGGAAACAUAUCAAACUGGAUAAAAGUUGUAGUUCCAGUACUUAUUUUUUAGUCCACCAUUCUGCACAUAGUCCAAUUUGGUAACUGUUUAUUGCAAAUGGCUGUGCACUUCAUGCUUACAAUUUUUUAGGUCAGCUGUCCUACAUUACAGCUUUCUUGGGUGGGAAAAUGUUGUUGUACUUGAACUGCUACUUUUCUGGUUAUUAACAAAAGGCCACUUGAUCUAAGCAUGAAGCACAAACUGUAUAUGUAGGGGGGAAAAAACAUUUGGCUCAAAAUAACUGAGCUUACUAUAGAAUCCAAAGUGUUACCAUGAGUUGGCACUAAUGAAGCCUGUAUUUUGGUUUCGAAGCAAACAUUAAGUAACUCAGUAGGGAACUUGAGAUUCAACAUUUGAAGUCUUGAAAAGCUGUAAAAAUGUCUUGUCUUGUCUUAAUGAGAAAAGAGUUUGUUUUAUUAUGUUUAAACUAUUCUUACCUUUAGCACAAUGGAGAUAAAUUUGAUACCAGAUAUGCUAUAUAGACUGAUGUCAAUCAAGAGUGCUCACCUGACACAACUUAUUUUCCAUCACAUCCAUUUUACUAAUGUUACAAUGUCUGUUGUACAAUCAUAAUUCUGUUUGAGUUCAGUGUAGACUGUACAGGAUAUUUUGAACUAAAUUAAAGCAAAGAGAUUUUGUUUGCAGUCAUGUUCAAUGAGUUGGAGUCUUCCUCUAAGCUCAAAAUCUGAUUCUACAG